AUGGUUGUCAUGGCAUUGCUUGCGUGGUCUCAGAGAUCACAUGUGAUACUUAAAGUCGGAUCACCUAGCAAUUUAUACCUAACAUCCCUGUACAUUCGUAUUACGGACAUGUUUAACAACUACAAAGAGAUUCAUUUGUCUGUAAAGUCAAGGCCAGCAUUUAAUGUCAGUGGCAUCACACCAACCGCGGAUGGUGCUGCAUUGAUUCGAAGCUAUACUGAGGUAGAUUAUCCAUUUGACGAACAGCAACUCCGGGAUAUGGGUAAAAGUGACAUGAUUAUUUCUCUUGUGUCUGCGGUAUGCAGCAAUCUUCAUCUUCUUGAGUUACCAGAGUGGCAACCGCCCGUACCGCGUGUUUUAAACAGCGGUGGAGCUGUUCUCGACCUAGCUCCGGAUGGUAAUAACGAUUUUGGAACCCUAGAUGAAGUUUCAGCUGCGGCAUUUAAUCAGUCAUUGGAUCCUGCAACAUUAGCUGUUCAAGACGUUAUGUCAAAUAUGACCGCAUUGAUUCGAGGAGUGGUCGAAAAUGAUCUCGUGAACGGUACAAGGAAGGGAGAUAAACUACUAACUUCACUGAUAUCCAAUGCAUUCACAAACCUUGCAGCUAAACCACAGUUUAUCAAUCUUGAUACAAAGGCUAAUCUUAUUUAUCUGUCAAAAAUUGUUGGAGAAGACGCUCUAGACAUCGAAAACACAACUGAAGAUCAGUCAGCACAGAUUGAAACUACAUCUGGCGAGGUUUACUACAUGUUUCAAGCCGUUGUCAAUUCUGCUGUUCCUGACGAUUUAAAUCAAGUACGCCCAGUAGGAGACUUAAAGUCCGGAAGAACGCAGAUCGAAAACAUGCUGUCGGUUAUAGGUCAGAAUAUAAGCACAGAUAAUAGCAUGAUGUCACCCACAGAGAGAGCAUUCUUGUACAUGAAAAUGCAAUUACAGCUGGCGUUUCAGACUGAUGAACAGAAAAAUGUUGCAAGAGAAGCUGCAAAAAUGGCCAUAGCUUUAGGUAAGAAUAUCCAAGACAAAUUAAAAGUCUGCAGUACCUGUAGCAACGAGGAUAGUAAUAAAACUAAUCAACUUGUGAAAAAGAAUACUGCAAAAAUAAUACAGAAUGAUGUCAUACCGACGAAUACGUCAUCAUUUCGGCUUGAUGGUUUGCAUACUGCUUUAGGAAGCAUGGGCACAGGAGAUGAAUUGGUGUCUGUUUCAGCAUAUGAAUUUAAUGAGAACGUGUUCAUGUAUGACGAAGACGGAACUUCGAGUUUCGUUACAUCAAAUAUCUUACGAAUUGACGUUAAAACGUCAGUGAAACGUGUCACGCCUGGUUUCCUGACCUUUGAACAGAAUGUCCAAACACCAGAUGCCGAAACAAUUAAGCCAGAAGUAGACGAAGAAGAUGCAUCUGAAUUUAUGUACCAUCAGUUUAUUUACCAAAAGGCAACAGACUUUGUUUGUAUUAUUGCUUUACCUCUUGGUGGAAACAAUUUUACCGACUACUUGGUUUAUAUCAAAUUUGGCGGACCACCAUCUAUAAUAGAUUACAACUUGAAGUGGACAAUUCAUCAGGACAAAAACUGGCAGAUUUGUAUACCACCACAACAGAUGAAAGGCAACACCGGACUUAUUCAUCUUGCCGUUAGGCUGUCCGAAAACAAGAAAGAGAUUUCAUACAACUUCACUCUCAUUACGGUUGCAUGUUUGACAUGGGAGGAAGAUGCUGCAAAAUGGCAUUCUGAUAAAUGUACAUUAGAAUGGCUGCCGCAGAGUAACAAGAUAUCAUGUUUCUGCCAAGACGUAACUGACAUGGUCUUUGCUAACUCAUUCUUCGUUGCUCCGAAUUCAAUAGAUUUCGCAACAGUGUUCCUAAAGUUUUCUCCCCUUAGUCAGGCAGCGGUUCUGGGAACAUUAAUCAGCAUGCUCUUGAUUUACAUCAUUGCUAUAGUUGUACUGAAAAGAUUGGACAGACGCGAUACUCUGAAGUGGGGGAUAACACCGCUCCGGGACAAUUUAAUCGACGACAAAAACUAUUACAUCAUCAAAGUAUACACAGGAAUGAGACGUGGGGCUGGAACAACGUCAAGAAUUGCCUUUAUAUUGACCGGAUCUAAAGGAGAUACUGGUGUGAGGGAACUGUUUGAUGGCAUAAGAACGGAGGUCAGCACGGGUAGUGUUAUGUCGUUCUUUAUGGCGACCAAGGCGCACCUGGGCGACAUAAAACAUUUAUAUAUCUGGCAUGACAACAGCGGGGAAGAUGAUUCCGACUCAUGGUACCCAAAUCAAGUCGAGGUGUUUGACAUAGAGAAACGAAACAGAUAUACAUUUGUAAUUGAACGCUGGUUAUCACUGGAAACAAGCUUAGAAGCACUUAUCGAUGCCAUUCCAUCUGGACUUCCGGUGCAGUUUGAGUCACGGUUCUUCUAUCAGACCAGAGAUCGCCUGUCUGAGAGUCAUAUGUGGGUGUCUAUUUUGUAUCGGCCACAAAUCAGUUCAUUCACCAGAGUACAGAGAUCUUCCUGUGCACUUGUGUAUAUAUUUCUCACUAUGAUUUCCAACGCAAUGUUCUUCAACCCAGAACCAGAGUACCAGUCCCCGCCACUCAUUCAAGUUGGACCAUUGCGUUUCACAGCUAAACAGAACGACACAGAGUUUGGAUAUAGUGUUACCAGCUUAAAAUUUAUAUUCGAAACGACUGAAGCCAAUUUACAUUUUUUCAAAAUUUGUUUUCGUGAGCAGGCCUUUUUUCGAUAUUGCGUGAUAGAUAAAGUUUAUUGUCUAUGUUAUACUUUUAUCAUUUUACAGAUAUAUAUUUCUCUCGUGUGUGCGCUGAUGACAACUCCAGUCACAAUGAUUCUGAUCUUCAUCUUUAAACGCACCAAAUGUAAACAAUCAACUGAAAAGACUUCCUACAGUUGCACCGGCAGUAAAUGUAUGUGCCCAUAUGGUGCUCUCUGCCUCAGAAAAAGUGAUAAGAGUGAGAAGUACGAGGUUAUGCUGAAAUCUAGAAUGCUAUCUUCUGCUAUCCCAGACUUUAAUGGAGGAUUAUAUCUACCAGGGUGGUUUAUGUAUGUCGCAUGGUUCUUAUUCUUUUUGGGUACAAUGGUGCCAGCCUUGUUCAUUUUACUGUAUAGUAUGGAGUGGGGUAAACAAAAAUCUGAAGAGUGGUUAACCACGUUCUUCAUGUCUCUUUUGGAGUCGAUGUUUUUUGUUGAUCCCAUUAUGGUGAUCUGCUUGGCUUUCAUAUUAGCUUUGCUGAUACGUACAAAUAAAGCCGACACCAAUGUUGAUACAGCCAUUAUUGUCAGUCGCUACAAAGAAAUGAUGGGUGACGGAGGAGAUGCAAUAUCAUCAAGUAUCAAAGUUUUGAAAUCAAUUCAAGAAGAUCAUAUGUCCUACAUGACAACCCCACGAACAGUUGACCUGCCACUAGAAGGGUCUGACUUGGAGCAAGCAGCGAACAAACAUCGGCAGCACGUGCAACUUAUGACAACUAUUAAAGACACUCUUUUCAACUUGUUUUUCAUGCUGAUUAUUUUAACAAUAUGCUUCUCAAACAGAGACAGUAGAUCGUACCUGCAUUAUACAGAGACAGUAAACACCAUUGUUGAGCCUUUGAAAAUGCCCCAUUUCCACUCUAUUAGCACUCCUGGGGAUCUGUUUGUAUGGCUUGAUACUUCGGUGAUUCCAAGUCUCUUCCCAGAAUUUGACAUGAAUGGUGCGCCUCUUCAUUGGACAGUAAAACAGUUUACAACAGGAUAUGUCAAUCUCCGUUUAGGGCCACCUCGACUACGUCAGUUAAGGACUAAAAAGGGGACCUGCGACAUACCAUACAUUGGCAAGGUAUCAUGCUACGGAGAAUAUACAAUUUUAGACGAAGAAGAAAAAAAUUACUGUAUAGGCUGGCAAACGACACCUUGUCCUAAGCUACAUUAUGUUUACAAUGUAUCAGUGGAUGCAUGGACGUUCAAAUCAGCUUUUGAAGUAUGGGGACUUCAUAUACCAGGAGAAUAUACGACUUACGGUGGUGGAGGAUACAUCGCUACUUUAGACGUAGGCCGUGACAAUUCAGUAGCCAUAUUGAAUGAACUGUUCAAAAACUUAUGGAUUGACCGCCAGACACGAGCGGUGAUGUUUGAAUUCACACUGUAUAAUGGAGCUACUAAUAUGUUUAUAUACAACGUUUUUCUGGUCGAGUUUCCUGAAACAGGUGGAGCGUUCACGUCAUUUUCAAUAUAUCCAAUCCGUGUUUAUACUCACCAAGGAGCAUCAGGAACGCUCACGCUAAUAUGCGAAAUAGCAUUUGCCAUAUAUUUAAUUGUACUUCUGAUUAAAAUUUGUAUCAGAAUCUAUCAACAACGGUGUGGCUACUUUAAACAAUUUUGGCAAGUCUACGAGAUUGUCAUGCUUGUAACCGGUGUUACGUCGAUUGUGAUAUAUGCUAUCCGCUUAGUGCUGACUGCUGUUACUAUAGAUAAGUUUAAGACGGAUCGCAGACAGUUUGUGGAUUUUAGUCAUAUUGUGCUUUGGGAUCAAGUUCUUGUUUCUUUCCUGGCAAUUUUAGUAUUUAUGGCAACACUUAGGAUAUUGGAGGUCUUUGCAACAACAAAGAAAGUUGGUGCAGUAGUGAAAGUUUUUCAGGACUGUGGAAAAGAUCUGUUCUGGUACGGAAUAACCUUCCUGUAUAUUUUUAUGGGAUUUUGCUUCUUAGGUAUGCUUUUGUUUGGGUCGGAACUGUUUUCUUAUAGUACCGUAUACCAGUGUAUGGGCACACUGUUUACAUCCAUGAUUGGGAAAAGCAAGUUUACAGAAAUAAAUGAAACGCAGCCAAUUUUGGCAAAGGUAUACUUCAUGUUCUAUAUUCUGACGGUUGUAUUCUUCGUCCUGACUAUAUUUCUAUCAAUACUUGGGGCAAGUAUUGACAAAGUUGUGCACGAUAUUCGCGAAGACACACGAGAAGAUAUUAUCGAAAUUAUGAUGAACAAGAUUAAAUCACUGUUUGGAAAACCUACAACAACAAAGGAGAAAGCCAAUAUGGACACAAAACAAAUAAUUUAAAUCAUUGACACGCAAACACAUUGGGCAAAGUAAAACAACUUUCUACCAAUCAAUCGUAAAAUAUCAUAUGUAGUCCCCAGAUAAUUAAUCCGAUUUAGAUAUCAACUGAAAUCGAGUUAUCUGCAAUCAUUAUAAUCAUAUGUAGGAUUGUUCCUAACUGUAUCAGGAUACGUAAGAAGUAUAUAGGACAUUCUCAUAAACAUAGUUAAAGACAAUACAAUGUAUAUGCUUUACGUUGUGAAGAAUACAACAAUAUUAAUUCUACAUUAAUGCAUAUGACAUGUACACACACCGUUCUACAUCUGAACGUUAGCCAAUGAAUUUUACGGAGAACUUUGUGCAUUUUUGUCUGUACAUUCAGUCUUGUAAAGUUUUAGUUCAGCGAAUAACUGCGUUUCAUUCCAAACAGCAUUACUGUAGCAAUUGCUUGAUUACUGUUGCAAUUACUGUGUAUUUAUAGUUUCAAUA